CCCUGUUACCUCCGCGACUGGGAGAUGCAGGUGCACUUUAAAAUCCACGGGCAAGGCAAGAAAAACCUGAACGGCGACGGCUUCGCCAUCUGGUACACCAAGGAGCGCAUGCAGCCAGGCCCAGUUUUCGGAAGCAAGGAUAACUUCCUGGGGCUGGGGGUGUUUGUGGACACGUACCCCAACGAGGAGAAGCAGCAGGAGGCUCAGAAGAGGAGGUACAGCCCGGGAAACCAGCGCGUCUUCCCCUACAUCUCGGCCAUGGUGAACAACGGCUCCCUCACCUACGACCACGACCGCGACGGGAGACCCACGGAGCUGGGGGGUUGCACGGCCAUGGUGCGCAACCUCAACCACGACACCUUCCUGGUGAUCCGCUACGUCAAGAGGAGGCUGACGGUAUUGAUCGACAUCGACGGCAAACACGAGUGGAGAGACUGCAUCGACGUCCCGGGCGUGCGCCUGCCCCGCGGGUACUACUUUGGGACCUCUUCUGUCACCGGGGACCUGUCAGACAACCACGACAUCAUUUCGCUGAAGCUUUACCAGCUGACGGUGGAGCGGACGCCGGAGGAGGAGAAGCGGGACAAGGAGGUGUAUCUGCCCGUCGUGGACAACCUGAAGCUGCCAGGGA